AUUUUAUCGUUUGUGCUCCCGAAGUGAAAACGUGCAGUCAGCGACGUCUUUCCCCAGACACUGGCCACAUAAUCAAUUUAUCAUCUACUCCAAUUGAUCGCCUCCAUGAUCAAUUGAUUUCCCUGCUCGCCAGCAAACCACACACUUGGCGAUCAUCUAACAAAGUGAUAAUUUUUACUGUGGUCGCGGCGGAGAAGAGCUGAGAAGAGUCGCAUACAGUUUUGGCCAAUUUGGACAGAUUGAGACUUCAUAGUGGCUGUUGGCGAAAAAGCGUCAGUCUCCGCUGUCGUCUUGUCCAAAUGAUCGCUAAUUGCUUAGCCAAAUAAGUAAUUUGUGAUCUAAUUUCUCCGGCAAACACGAGACCACCAUAAAAAUGGCCGACUACCCGCUGCUCAAUUCGGGUGCAGCACCAGGUGGAGUCGCGGCGAACCCGUCCACCCAAUGCAGAGAUACCAUCGACUUUGAGCCCGUCGCACCAGCACCAUCGCACAACAUCCCCUACCAUCCGCGCAGAAAGUCCCUCAUUGACGAAAUCGACGUGCCCACCGAGAACGUGGACAUGGUGGACAAAGUGGACAUCAUUGGCAAAGUCGUGGGCGACUGGGGCUGCUUCCAGUUGCGCACAGUCCUGCUCAUCUUCCUGUGCAAAAUCCCCAGUGCCUGGUUCAUGUCUUGCAUCAUCUUCACCGCACCGGCGCCCCGUCACGGGGACUUCUUCUGCAAACCCCCGCCGCAUCUGCCCAUUGUGCCUGAGGUGAACAAGACGCAGUGGAUCAAGAUCUCCCAUCCGGCCGUGCUGGACGCUGCCGAUCAGGAGCUCAACAUUGACUUCUGCAACGUAUACGAAGACGCCCUGGAUCACGUGCACAAGUACUUCAAUCGCAGUGAUGUGUCCAAUCCCUGGAUCGAGCCCGAGCGCAAUGCCACCAACAUCAUCCCGUGCGAGAGCUUCGAGCAUCACAGUGACUACAAGAGCAUCAUCACGGACUUCGAUUUGGUGUGUUCACGAGAUAUUCUAGUCGCCACCACCCAGUUCUUCCACCUGUUCGGUGUGCUCUGGGGCGGCAUAAUCACCACUCAACUCCUAGUGCACUUCAGUCCACGACGCGUGAUGCUGGCUGGGAUGCUGUCGCAGAUCAUCUGCGGAAAUCUCACGGGUCUGGUCAGCAGUUACGGUCUCCAUGUCUUCUUCAGGUGUCUCUCGGCCAUUUGCUGUGGUCUAAUGUACACAGCAGGAGCAGUGAUAUUUUCGGACAUCACAGCAGGAAAGUACAAGACAGUCGUUUGCACGAUGUUCGAGCAGUUCUGGUCCAUUGGCGUUAUUCUGCUUCCCGGAAUGGCGAGCUUCGUCAACAACUGGUCUCAACUUUACAUGGCAAUUUCCUUCCCAACCUUCCUCCUCGUCAUUCUUCAUAGGUGGAUUCCGGAUUCUCCUCGCUGGCUGAUCGCCAGGAAUAGAAUCACCGAGGCGAAGGCGAUCCUUGAGGAGGCGGUGAGAAUCAAUGGGAAGCAGAACGCCCUGCCUCGCGAUCUCGAGCACCUGCUUCAGGUGCAGGCUGCCUCCUGUCUGGAGGGUCCUCCGCCGCCCAACUGGUGGUCCCUCUGGGAGGGCCACCGCGCCAAGCGCCACAUGAUCAGCAUCCACCUCAUCUGGUCCAUCUACAUCGUCACCUACUACGGAAUGCUGCUCAACAUCAGGGUUUUCGGGCGCGAGCACUUGGAAGCCAACACAAUCGUGGCUGGAGUUUGCGAGAUCGUGGGCACCUUCAUUGGCCUCUACUUGAUCCUCAACACCACCAGGAAGUGGCUCUGGACGGGCAUCUGGAAUGUGGCCGCGGGCAUCGCCGCUUGUGCCAUCUGGCUAAUUCCAGAUUCAGUUCAGGGAAUUGAGCGUGUUGUGCUGGAAAUGACGACGGCAAUGAUCACGAAAACUGCAAUUUCCACCACUCUGUCCAUCCUCACCACUUGCACCACUGAACUAGUCUCGGCGGACAAGAGGAGAAUCUGUGCUUUUUCUACCAUUGUCUGGGCACGCAUCUGGCUUCUAACUGCCCCCUUCAUUGGCGCCACCACAAUAUUCGGCGAAUAUGUGGCUCAGACCGCCUUGUCCAUCAUGUCCGUUGUCGGUGGCUUCAUCACGAUGCUCAUCUCAAGUCCACGCACACUGCCGGCCAGGAAGAAGAAGACGAAUCUUCCUCCAGAACUGACAACACCCGAAGUAUGGACCGUGAAAGGCCACCAGGAGAAGGCUGAAGCCUAAUCAAGCCAAGUUUACUUAUACUAAGUACAAGAUUGAUUUUCUAUUCUCCUGUAAAAUAUUUUUAAAAGUGAUUAUAACUAAUUUAUUUAAA